GGUUCUUUUGGCUGUAAACAACAACAAAGGUUAAGAAGAAGAGUCUGUAGAGAGAGAGAGUAAGAAAUCUGAUGGGGAAGAGAAAAGUGCGUCGUUUCGCCGCCAUGAAUAGCACCGGCCGUCGUGUCAAGCUUGAUCUCUUUGCGGAACCCUCUGGAGAUUUGGGUGGCUCAGAUGUGCGUGAUGGAGUUGAGCGGGAACAACAAACAGAGCCUAAUGAGUUACCCAAUUCACCUUCUUCUUCAGGUCAGAAAACAGAAAACCCUUUGCUUUUACUUGGGCAGUACAGUGAUGAUGAGGUGGAAGAAGAUGCCACUGCAGUUAGUUUCUUAGCCAAUAAAAAAGAGCAGGUUGAUGGAUUAAUUCAAGAAGGAGACAAAGAUACAAAUGUUGGAUCAGGUGCAGACACCACUAUGCAGAUGGCUGACCAACAGCAGACAGGGGAGGAUUCUUCUGCACUUGAGUUUAGAGUUGAAGGAGAAACUGGUUUUGACACAGUGACUAACUCAACAAUCUUGGAUGGAUUAAACAAGCAGACAGUUCCCUCAGUUCAAGCAUCUGGCAGCGUGUCUUUGGAGCACCAUGCUCCCACAGAUGUUACUUCGCAGUGGAAGAUGAUUUUGCAUGAGGAGAGCAAUCAGUAUUACUACUGGAAUACAGAAACUGGGGAAACUUCGUGGGAAAUUCCUGCAGUUUUGACUCAAACUGCCAGUGUAUAUGGGACAGGCUACAAUGAGUCUGGGCCCAUGGUUACAGAUGUGUCCACCUUGAUUUCUGGUGUUGAACCAAGCUAUUUGCUACCCGUGCAAACUAGUUUCACAGGAACUGACUGUUCGACUUUUCCAACUGUUGCGCCGGAUGAGAGAAACAAAAGUGAAGAUCUAUAUGUCAAGAGUUUAAGAACUGAUGGUCAUCAGGUUGAAUGUCGGACAGACUCUGUUAUUAAUACCCAACUAUGUCAGGACGACCUUGCGAGGCCAGAAAAUUCAGAUCAUGUGCAUACUAACUUUGAUACAGAAACGACUACUGACCUCCCAUCUCGCUUGUUGAGUCAAAGCGAAGGCUUACUGGAGAAGCUGAGGUCUCUGAAGAGGUCGCGUGGCAACUUUCACAGCAAUGAGCAGAUAUCAAAGUACAUUCUAGAGGUUGAAGUCAGACAUUCUGAUGUAAAGGCGCUCAUAUUGGAUUCCUCACCUUUACUUUCUUUUUGGCUUCACAAUAUUGACAUGGAUGUUGAUAUGGAGGUUGAAGAAUCAGUCCCAGUGUCUUAUGUUCAAGUGAUAGAUGCUUCUGAUGGUAAGAUGGUCAGAACAGAGCCAUCAAACCUUCAAACAGAUGUUCCACCACCUCCCGGUGACGAAUGGAUUCCGCCGCCGCCGUCUGAGAGUGAAGAUGUUCCUCUACCGCCACCAGACAGUUAUAGUGAACCAAUUCCUCCACCACCUGAAAAUGGCGAUGUUCCUCCAUCUUUAUCCAGUGACUCUCUGGGAGUUCCCUACAGCGUACCUCAAUCUUAUAUGCAGCAAUCUUCUGAUUAUGCGACACAAUACAGCUUAUCCUAUCCAGAAUCCAAUUAUCAAUAUAUUGGCAAUGCUGUUGCUCUAGAUCCCAACACUCAGUUCUAUGGCCAUGGCCAUGUUGACGGAUCGCAAGUUUCUGUUCCCCAGUCGACAUAUUAUUACGAAACUGUUCCUGGUACUAGUGAAGUAGCUCCUGCAGCUGCCAGUGCCAGUGAAGCUUAUUACAAUUACAAUGGUGCAGCUCCGCUGUUUCCUGUCAUUAGCUCUGUGCAGUCAUCGCUGCAUCACAGUGGAGUUGCUUCUGCUAAUUACAACAUUCCAAGCAAUUCUUCUACAGUUGCAGUGCCUAGUUCAAGAUCCAGCGACUCCGCUGAGAUUGCAUCUUUGGGAACUGCUUCUCAAUCCACAGACGUUACAGGUGGAUCGUCUCUGUUAGCAAAAGCUCAAACCAAAGUGAAAAGGCCUAAAAAGCGGACAGUGGGUGCUACUACAUCCACAUUGAGGUCAAAUAAAAAGGUUUCGAGUUUGGUUGACAAGUGGAAAGCUGCGAAAGAGGAGCUAAACGAUAGUGAAGAAGAAGAAGAUGAUUACGGAAUCCUUGAUAGAAAAAGACAACGAGAAAUCGAAGAAUGGAAAUCCCGACAAAUUGCGAGUGGAGAGGCUAAGGACAACGCAAAUUUCCAACCCAUCGUUGGCGACUGGCGAGAGAAAGUGAAACGGAAGAAAGAACGAGCCGAGAAGUCUCAGAAGAAAGAACGAGCUGAGAAGUCUCAGAACAAAUCUGACGAGAAGUCUCAGAAGAAAGCUGACGAGAAGCAGCAAAAACCUGAUCUAACCAAACUCUCCACAAAUCUUCCCUCUGGAUGGCAGGUUAAUUAUGUUGUCACCAUUUUACUAGUGUUUGUUUUGUAUAUAGAAACGCGCAGUCGCUAAAACAAUUUCACUUG